AAUAUCAAAUGUUUUUACACGAUUUUUAGCCUGUAAAAUUUUGAAUGUUUACGAUAUGGUAACAUUUGAACGAUGUGCAGUGAUAACUCGUAGUGGUUGGUAACAUCAUUUGUUGGCACGAUGGCGUCUGGCGGUGCGGAAAAUACACCAGAGGAAAGGACCGAGCCAGCGGCGCCGGCACAACCCCUCACCAAUGUUGUGAGCGAAACAGCGCACAGGAUAUUAGCAAUGAAUAAGGAUUCUGAUCUCACUGGUGUGCCACCAAAGAAGUCACGUGUCGAAGUACAAUCUCUUCCAACGAGGCAAUAUUUGGAUCAAACUGUAGUACCAAUUUUAUUACAAGCUCUAUCCACAUUGGCCAAGGAAAGACCCGCAGAUCCCAUCAGCUUUCUAGCUGGAUAUUUGCUGAGGAAUAAAAAUCAAUACGAUAAUGGUGAAUCUCCACCAACUAGUCAAUGAACUGCUUACGCAUUUAUAAAUAUGUGGUGAAAAUUAAAGAAUUACAAACAUUUAUUGACACUUCUUAGGAACAUACUCAAGUCGGGCAAGGUGUAUUUGUGUAAUUUUGAAUUAAAUAAAAAUGUAUUAGCUUUUUAUCGUAUAAAA